GCGCUGGCGGCUAUAAACAUCUGAUGAAAGAAGAUGAUAGAAAGACAGUUAUAUGUAUCGAGGGGAACAUUGCAAGUGGAAAAACAACAUGCCUGGAUUAUUUUGCACAAACCACCAGCAUUGAGGUUUUGACAGAACCAGUGAGUAAGUGGAGGAAUGUUCGUGGUCACAAUAUCCUGGGCUUAAUGUACCAAGAUGCAUCAAGAUGGGGGAUAACAUUACAGACUUACAUACAGCUGACAAUGUUGGAGCAGCAUACCAGACCAAUGAUUUCCCCCAUAAGAAUGAUGGAGCGAUCGAUUCACAGUGCAAAAUACAUUUUUGUAGAAAAUUUGUAUCGAAGUGGAAAAAUGCCAGAGGUGGAUUAUGUUGUCCUAACUGAAUGGUUUGACUGGAUCCAGAACAACACUGAUGUUUCGGUUGAUUUGAUAGUUUAUCUGCAGACUUCUCCUGAAGUUUGUUAUGAGAGGUUAAAGAGAAGAUGCAGAGAAGAGGAGAAGAUCAUUCCUCUGGAAUAUUUAGAAGCUAUUCACCAGCUCUACGAAGAUUGGCUCAUUAAACAUACACUGUCUGAAGUUUCCUGCCCAGUGCUUGUUAUUGGAGCUGACCAUGACAUGCAGAAAAUGAUAGAAAAGUAUGAAGAAAACCGGGACCAAAUACUAAACCCAUACAAUAUGCAACACCAUUUAUAGAAGUCUGCGGUUAUUGUAUUGUAAAAAACAUGUUAAUGCAGUCUGAUUUGGGGGCGAUUUUGAGUAUUUUUAGUAUUUCUAAAUAUAAUGGUUUUGCUUUUGAAUUAUGCUUUGUAGAAUGUUGUGGACUUACUGCUGUGAAAUGUUGAGAUACAAGUCAUAAACAGAAUAUAAGCCAAUUCCCUUUCAUGUUUUUAGGUUCUCUGUCAGCUUUACUGUGUCAGUUCUAUUCAGCUAAAAUAGGACUAUUUCUCCCAUUUCCCACUUCACUGCUGCUUCCUAUAAGAAAGUUCUUUUUUUUUUUUUUUUCCCCAAGACAACCCUAUUUUUGUAAUUUGAAAGAAAUAGUUCCACACAAGAGGCGGAAUGUCCUUUUUUAUCAUUAGAGGAAGCAAAUGAAGUGCAUCAAGUCAAAAUAGCUUUGUUAAAUAGGUCUUUUCAAGUUGAAACGGGGAGUCAUACUCUAAUCCUACCUACACUAGUGCAGUUUCAUUGGAUUCAGCAAGUCUCUUCUGCUUUACAUGAAAUCACAAUAUAGCUGUAGUUCUGAAGGUAACUAUGCACUAGUAAAGUCCCACUGAAUUCAG